AUGGAGCCCGCCCAGGAAGUCGAAUCGCCAAAACACCACAAAGAAGGAGGGUUGGUUGAGGGCAUGGAGGUUUCCGAGGACGUUGGCUACGGCCACCAGGUGACAAGAGAUUGGUCUGCCGCCGAGGAGAAGAAGGUUGUUCGAAAGCUCGAUUGCAUCCUGAUGCCGCUCCUAGUGGCCGGCUUCUUUGCCUUACAACUGGAUCGAAGCAACAUCUCCAAUGCCCUGACCUCUACAUUCCGCGAAGAUCUCCACAUGACCACUACAGAGGCCAGCGGAGGCAAUCAAUUACAGAUUGCGGGUAUCAUAAUUGCAGAGAUACCAGCAAAUCUGCUGCUGCAAAAGUUUGGCGCAUCUACAUGGCUGACAGCGCAGUGUGUGCUAUGGGGAUUGGUCGGAGUCUUUCAAGCCUUUAUCACAAACAAGAGUUCGUUUUAUGCGACACGGUUUCUUUUGGGCAUCUUCGAGGCAGGGUAUAUCCCCGGUUGUCAGCUUCUAUUGAGCCUGUUUUACAAGCGUGAAGAACUGGCACUCAGGACUGCCAUUUUCUAUUUUGGCAAUUAUUUCUCUGCCGGUACGGGAUCCCUUAUUGCUUCGGGCGUUUUGCAAAUGGCUGGCGCCCACGGAUUAUCGGGUUGGCAGUGGUUAUUCCUCAUCGACGGGUCUUGCACUAUUGUCAUGGCCAUUGUCUUUUUCAUGUUGCUUCCAGCAUCGCCCCUGCAGACCUUGCCGUUAUGUCGCAUCCAACAGCUGAACCUCUUCUCCGAGUCUGAACGCCGCUUGAUGCACAACAGAAUCAUAUUGAACGAUCCGGAAAAGAAAACGUCUUUCAAGAAUAUCAAGAUACGCGAUGUCAUGAUGGCACUUUGCAACUUUCAGCUGUGGGGUCACUUUGCCAUCAAUCUCUUGUCGCUGACUCCCAAGGGUGGGCUUGCACUAUAUUCGCCGACCAUCAUCAAGGCGCUCAACUUUUCCACGACGCAUGCCAAUGCGCUAUCUUCAAUUAGCAACUAUGGCGUCUGUGUAUUAUCCUUUAUUGUUUCUUGGGUGUCGGACCGCCAAAAGCAGCGUGGCGUCUGGUGCAUCAUUGCGUGUGCAUGGUCCAUGAUAUUCGCAGGCGUUCUGUUUGGGCUUCCCAUCAAUGCGGAUCAUUGGACGACCUUUGCCAUAUUCACACUUUUGAACUGUGGAAAUGGCAUCAGUCAGAGUCUCAAUGAUGCUUGGCUCAACUCCAAUGCUGUAACCCAUCUGGAUCGAAGCAUUGGUCUUGCCAUGGCAGUGAUUGGUUCUAACCUGGGUGGAUUGGCAGGGCAGCAGUUGUUUCAAGAUAAUGACGCUCCUCGCUACUCCCAUGCCUGGGUUGCCAUCCUAUGCAUUUACUCAGCGUCCAUACUCAUGACGCUUCUGCAAAUGGGCUAUUAUGCAUGGCUGAACAGGAAGAUUGCUCGAAAGGAGGCGGAAACGCCGUCAGAGGCAAAUGUAGCUGGGCAAGAACCAGAACUACGCCAGCGAAAAUUCGAGCUAUAA